AUGUCCUCCUGGCUGGCCCACAAGCUUUGGGCCUCUUGGGAAGGGCCCUCUUCCUUAUCAGGGCCAAGUCUCCUCUUCCACUUUCUUGGCAGUGUCUUUGGCACCAAGGACUGGCAGCAACCCCAGAGAGCUGCGGACUCCCACUUGAGACAGAUAAAGAAAGCACUUUCUGUCAACAAAACCCAGCCCAGCUUCCCCAGGGCAGGAGAGGGGAGGAGGAGGCCUCAGGAGAAGGCAGAGGGAAACCUGCUGCUUGGCUGGCCUGGUUUUGCACUGUCUGGUUUUGCACUGGGAUACAGAUGGCUAUGGACCAGUGGUCCUUCUCAAACUGCAGGAUCUGCUGAUCUUAUAUUGGUUUUGACUCUGCGAAGGUCUUUGGUGGUGUUUCUGCUCUGCAACGCCUUUGCCUUUCAUGUCCUUCUCACAGCUGUUGUUUCCAUCUCCUCUAUCCUCGCAGGCCAUGACAUUAAUGGAGCUCUGGAGCCAUCUAACAUCGACACCAGCAUCCUGGAGGAGUACAUCAGCAAGGAGGACUCACCAGAUAUCUGUUUCCCUGACAUCUCUGCUUCAUCUGGCUGUACACACCCCCAGCCCUCCAGCUCAGCCACCAUCAGCACGCCUCUUCCCAGUUCCAUCGGCAUUGCUGGGCAUGUGAACAACCCUGCUUCCAGUGGUUCCCUCCACCUUCCUCCCCCGGGCAGCCAGAUCCCGAUCCAUCAUGGUCCUCUCCUGGCCAACCCUUGCGGACCCAGCUAUGGUGCUCACCUCAACUGCAAUAACAACAAUGGCAUGGCGGUGCCCAAGGGCUACCUCAGUGGCCACUGCCUAAACAGCAUGGUCCCUCCAAUCAAAUCGGAGCCCAAGGCCUCCUACGCACCUGGUGUCGCCAGCAAGUACGGCAUGGUGCUUCCCAUGCUCACAGUCUACCAGCUUGCAGGAGGAAUAAUUGGAUCUGUAAUGUAGCUCCACUGGGAUGACUUCGGCUUGGAUGAACUGGAGAAGAUCUUCAAGAAUGUGACAACCUAAAUAAAAUCUGCCCUUAUUUUAUUCCCAGACUAGGAAGUUGCCAUGUGUCCUAGGGGAAGCCAUGCCCUAAAGCAGGGUGGGAUGCUCUUCUGUGGCAUCCCUUUCUUCUGCGUGCCUCUGGCGUUCUCCAGGAUGUGAGAAGUCAUGGGUAGGGUCAUAGCUCUCCUCCAUUCAUAAUCCAGGUCUGAUUACUUGUCUGCUGGCUUCAUCAUCUUGAAUUGCAGGAGGACAACAAAUCCAUCAAGGAGGCAUCAGGAACUGCUAUAGCUGAGGGAAGAGCUCAUGUCAUCAUUUGGGGCUGUCAUGGCGGUGAUCAAGGCAUUUGCCUGGGAAUAUGUGCUGCUUUGUCUGUGGUGGAUCCUUGGCCUGGGAUGUGGCUUCAUGGCUGGACUCCACUGGGACCUGCUGGUCACUGCAUAUAGUGGAAGCAGGGUUCAUAGCAAGUGCUUGCUGCUGGAGAUGGAGGCCUUUUUGGGUGAAAUGAACUAGGUUAGCUUUGCUCGCAGCAUUUCUUCGGCAUCCCAGAAGGACUUAUUCCAUGGCAGAAGCAAUCUCAGUGUUGAACGCCCACAAACCCUGUCCAUGGGCUGGGUGUGCCUGCAUGACCUCCCUGCAUAGCACCCAUCUUUCUGCUCCAGUUGUCCCUGAAUUGUCUCUGGUCAUUCUGUUAUAGCAGGAGCAGGCUUUGCAGAGUGCUGUGCUGCUGGAACAUGGUGGGGACUGCCAAGGCAGUGGAUACAAACAGGCAGACCUCCCUGGAUAUCCCACUGCUGGUGAUUUGCACAGGAGUGGAGCACAUUGCAAGUGCUUUCUCUAGAGCACAAUCUCCCUGCCCACCCCUGCUGCAGCUUUGGCUUGCAGUGACCCCGCCUCAGUCUAGCUGGUAGCAGAGCCUCGAUUCUUUCCAUGCAUAUAUUCUCCUGCAAAAUAUUACUAGAGAAGAACCAAAAUCUGACAUGAGCAAAUCGUUCUCUUGUGUACCAGGACAGUGGAAGAUUUACCCUGGCCUGAAGAUAUGUCUGGUGAGGAGGGGCUGGGAGAAAGAGAAGGAAAUGUUGGUUCCAAUGGAUUUCCAAGGAGGGGCUUUGGGAAUGGUGAAGAGCCCAGCUUCCAGUAAGAAAGGAAGCAAAGGUGACACUCUCUCUGUGGUUGCUAUCCCCUAGCCCUGGUUGUGCAGCUGAGUGCCCAGUUCAGUUGCAUUUUGCAGUUAGGACUGAAUCUUCCCCUGGUGCCAUUGGAGCAGAGGUAGAGUGAUACAGCUGGCAGCUGUGGUGGUGCUCAGGUUCGUACAGGUCGCAUAGCAGAGUGCAGCCCAUGGGCUUCCCUGGUAGUGCUUUCUGCUCCCCUAGAAUGCCCCAUUUCUCCAUGGUGAAGCACAAGGUCUUCGGAGAAUGAAUGUCUUUCUCUUCAACUCAAAGCUGCCGAGCUGGUGGGGAAGCCUCAUAGGCAGGUUAGCAAAAUACCUAUCCCUGCUGCCAAAGUGUGGGCUGUGGGGAAUGGUGAGAGCAAUGCAGUCUCCAUAUGGUUGCUGGAGGUACUCAGGUCGAUGGGCAUCUUGUGGGACCAUGCAUUGCUCAAACUAGACCAGUUGAUCCCAUUGCUGGAAGCUGCUU